AUGUCAGUUCUCCAGACCGAGUUACCUUCCCUAUCCGGGAAAACCUGCCUCAUCACAGGAGGGGCUGGCGGGCUGGGGAAAGCUAUCGCUAUUGCUUUUCUCAAGGCUGGCAGUAAUGUCGUCAUUUGCGACAUUAACGAAGAGCGAGUCAAGCAGACGUCAGCCGAGCUAGAGGGAAUGGGUUCCCUGCUUACCAAAACUGUUGACAUUACCAAGCUGAGUCAAGUGCAACAGCUAUUCGAUGACAUCUCCAGCAAGUUUGUCAAGUUGGAUAUUCUAAUCAAUAAUGCCGCCAUCAUGGACCGCUUCGAGCCUGUUGGCGACGUCGAUCCGGAGUUAUGGGAUAGAGUCCUGGCGGUGAAUCUAACAGCUCCGCUCUUGCUCAGCAAGUUGGCAGUGCAGGGAAUGCUGCUACAGGAGAAUACCAACGGGUCCAUCAUCAACAUCGCUUCCGGCUCAGCCAAGGCUGGCUGGCUCGCAGGCAAGCAUCUCAUUACCAUGCAGACGUUGAAAGUAUCUAACCGCCAGCUUGAACAGGGUCGGCAUACACGGCAAGCAAGCACGGCUUGA